CUGGCACUUGAGAUGUCACCCAGUGGUACUUGUGGUCUCCCGUACUGAUCCUGCUGCACCGUGGUCCCAUUGGUCUCUAUACUUUGAACGUCCAUUGAGAUCAAACUUCUCGCCGCCUCCCCCGGACUGAUUUCGUAUCGCAGACUCUCCUUUUUUUUUUCUCUCCGCCUCUUGAGGUCAAUGGGCCGUGUUGAAGCCACCUGGCCAGUAUCGUGAUGGCCCCUCCAACUCCGUCCUCGCACCGUCCCCGCAAGAAGAGAAGAAACCCAACAUCGCCGGGCUCCAACAAUAGCUUGAUCGUGGAUUUCGGAGAUGGGAAACAAUUGCCUGCAUUUCCCCUGGUCUCCUUUCUUUGGGCUGCACGGGCUGGCGUCUCGCAAUGGCUGAUCCUGCCUUUGACGCUCAUGGCCGUUGGCUUGUUCCGAUGGGCCGUCAGUCUGUGGGGUUACUCUGGAUUCAAUGUCUCUCCAAUGCACGGUGACUUCGAGGCGCAAAGGCAUUGGAUGGAAAUUACCACCCAUCUGCCAAUGGCUCAAUGGUAUCUCUACGAUCUGCAGUACUGGGGCCUGGAUUACCCCCCAUUGACUGCAUACCACAGCUGGUUAUGCGGCAAGAUUGGUUCGGCCUUUGAUCCUACAUGGUUCGCCUUAGAUGAGUCCCGAGGGAUCGAGGGCCCGGACUUGAAGGUCUAUAUGCGUGCUACCGUCCUCGUCUCCGAAUAUUUAAUAUACGUCCCCGCCGUCGUCACUUUCCUUCGUCGGUAUACUCGCAUGCAUGGAGUGCACGCAUGGUCCGCCUCGAUCGCCCUCGUUGCAAUCCUCCUCCAACCGGCCACUAUCUUGAUUGAUCAUGGUCACUUUCAAUUCAAUACGGUGAUGCUAGGUCUCAUGGUUGCCAGCUUGGAUGCCAUAUUGGCCGGACGGAUGCUCUGGGCUUGCCUCUUCUUUGUCGGCGCAUUGGGCUUCAAGCAGAUGGCAUUAUACUAUGCUCCCGUCAUGUUUGCCUAUUUGUUGGGCGUUUGUGUCUUCCCCCGCAUCCGUAUCCUUCGGCUCCUCAAUAUUGCUCUAAUAACCCUCGCCGCAUUUGCAUUGCUAUUUGCCCCGCUUCUGUAUGGAGCUACGAGCACGGAGGCUCGAGAACUCUUUGCGUCCUCGCCACAGCCUCCGUUGCUGCAAUCGCUACCGAUUUCUCUCGAUAAGAAGUCCAUAGCUUAUGCUGUACUCUUCCAGAUCACGCAAACUAUCCACCGUGUGUUCCCGUUCGCUCGUGGUCUGUUCGAGGACAAAGUGGCUAAUGCUUGGUGCGCUAUCCACACGUUCUACAAGCUCCACCGCUUCGAGGCCUCUCUACUACAGCGGGCGUCCCUCGGGGCCACUCUGGCUUCGAUCAUUGUCCCUUGUGCCAUCAUAUUCCGCCACCCCCGGGCCUCUCUUCUCCUUCCUGCUCUUUCUUGUGUCUCAUGGGGCUUCUUCCUCUUCUCCUUCCAAGUGCACGAGAAGAGCGUUCUGCUUCCUCUCCUGCCUAUGACCCUUACCCUGGCUGGUGAUGGUGGGCUAAGCAAACAGAACCGUGCGUGGGUCGGCUGGGCUAAUAUUCUGGGCUCAUGGACCAUGUAUCCGCUUUUGAAGCGUGAAGAGCUUCGGUUGCCCUACAUUGUCAUGACUCUCCUCUGGGCCUACCUGAUGGGUCUUCCCCCCACUUCAUUCGAGAUCUUUCGCAGCCGGGCUUCGCUUGAGGAGACCCCCCUUGAGCCGCAUAUCUUUAGCAAGCUCUUGCAUCUGGCCUUCUAUUUGGCCAUGAUUGGCUGGCAUAUCCUAGAGGCGUGUGUGCCUCCGCCUGCCGGCAAACCAGAUCUAUGGGUAGUUCUCAAUGCCUUGAUCGGUGCGGCCGGAUUUGGACUGGCCUAUCUCUGGUGUAUGUGGAAUCUCAUCGCCCAGUGUCGUGAGAUCGACCUUCGGGCAGCCGAGGAGGGAAGCCGAAAGAAGAAGCAGUAAGCAAGUUCUUGGAAGGCAUGCGCCUUCAGUGAUACCCCAUUCAUCAAUGUAUUAUCAUGGAAAAUUUUUGAUGCUAGAAAAACUCUGACAGACGAUCUCGUUGAUAAUCCGAUUGUGCUCUAGGAGAUGAGAUGAUAUUUUGCUCUUACUCUCUAUCCAACAUGAAAUAAAGUACAGUGUAGGUCCGGGGUCUUAUGCUACCACUUAGGAUAGGUAAGGUCCCAUGAUAUCCAUCAAAUGAAAGAAAAGAACUCCACCCAGUAGAUGCCAAAAUGCUAUAGUACAGUUGAAGUAUGGAACAAGCCAACGAUCGACGCCGCCACUGUCUAGACCUUGAAGCCAUAGCCGAGCAUGCAGGCCUUGUAUUGCUCGAUCAUGGACUUGCACUCCUUGGCGGGGUCAUCGGACUUGGAGAAAAGCAUGCAGUCAUCGCGGGCGGUCUUCUCGUCUUUGCAGACGCAGCAGGGCUAUAAAGAAAUGGUAGAGUUGGUCAAUGUCC